AUGAUGUGGUUUCUCAUGAUCUUGCUGGCUAGUAUUACAUUGCAUACUCUCUUGUGCAUCUGUAGCAAUGUUUGUCCAAGGAAGUGUGUGUGUGAUAGUGCAAAGUCAGUGCAGUGUUUCAGGUUGCAGUCUUUUCCCACUGGAAUCACUAAAGAUGUGAGGAAACUAAACCUGGGAUACAACCACAUCAAGCAACUAAAGGUAAGAGUGGAAUUGCUCAUUUGAUAAUAACCAUCGAUAAUCAGUGACAUUGGUAACAAUGGAUUCACUAUCAAACCAUUGUCAGACCUUUCAUCUUGUAAUUAAUGCUUGGAAAUCAGUUAGAUUUAAAGACUAUUGAGUGAUGAUUUACUUGUGAUUUAUAGCAUAUUGUUUGUAUAAUGGUGCACAUCUUCUCCUGAUAUGUUUGUCCUUUCCAGGGUAGAGACAUAUCUGGCCUGACAGGGCUGGAGGAAGUGAUCCUUUCAUCCUGUGGAGUGGAGGUGGUGGAGGCCAAUGCUCUCAGGGCUCAGGGGGUACUAAGAAGCCUGGAUCUACAGAAGAACAAACUGCAUCAGAUCCCUCGUGGUCUCCCACCCAGCCUGGAGACCCUCAAUGUGGGCCACAAUAGAAUCACAGGCCUCCAGGAGUCUGUCUUUGAGGGGCUGAAGAAACUACGCCUGCUUGAUCUUCAGAAUAACCAGAUCACCAACCUGCGUUCCAACACCCUCUCCACCCUGGUGAAGUUGGAGUGUCUUUACCUGGAUGGAAAUCAAAUUGAGACAGUGCAAGGUGCUCUGAGACUCCCCGAACUGAAUCUGUUGAGCUUGGGGAACAACAAGAUCCCCUCUUUUCCCUCAGCCUUUUUCACACCGCUACAGUCCUUGACGACACUACAUUUACCAGGGAACCUCCUAUCAAGAGUCCCACUUGAUCUCCCUCAUGUCCUGUCCUACCUGAACUUGGACAGGAACCAAAUACGAGCACUGAGGAACCGAGAGAUGGGCCAACUCCGCAACCUCAAAUCUCUGUCUGCGUCCUACAAUAGGUUGGUUUCUGUGGACGGUGGCCUUCGCUUGCCCAACCUCACAGUGCUGGAGCUGCCAGGAAACCACCUGAGGGUACUGCCCAGUAGACUGAGCCCCAAACUGGAAAGACUGGACUGCAGACAGAACUCCAUCCAGGAAGUCACCUUCCAGCACCUGUCUGGAAUGAAACAGCUGAAGCAUCUCUUCCUAGAGAAUAAUACCAUCUGGAACUUUGAAGCUAAUGCUCUGAGGAACAGCAUUCACAUAACCAACCUGGCUCUGGAACAGAACCUCCUCUCCUCUAUUCCAGACGGGUAUGUAUUUCAUCCCUUUGAUAUGGUGCUUUACUAACAUUUGGGAUCAUAUUUAUGAAUCCAUUAAAUACAUUAUAGAUGUGUUGUACAUUCACUUGAGUAUUACUCAUUUGUACAAUAAUCUUUGUACAAUAUAUUGGUAGAAUAGCAGCCUAACCACAUUGUAGGUCUUUGGUUAAACAUAUUUGAGUAUAAACCACAAGACGAUAGAUAGAUAAACACAUCUUAAAUGUGACUCCUUUGGCCUUUUGGUGAGAGCAGACGCCACUGCCCACUGUUCUGUUGACAUGUCUCUCUGGCAGGCUUCCAGAGAGUCUGAUCCGCCUGGACUUGAAAGGGAACCGCAUCGAGGUCGUCCAGGAGCAGGAGCUGAGGUCCCUGAAGCGCCUGCAGGUGUUGAACCUGAGGAGGAACAAGCUGACAUCCCUCCCCCAGAUCACCCUGGACUUGCUGCCCCGGCUGAGGACCGUCUACCUAGACGGGAACCCCUGGAACUGCACCUGUGAGCUCCUGGGGGUCAAGAGGACCCUGCUGGCCAGGAGGGUGGAGAUCCCUAAAGAGCUGUGUAAUGAGCCUGUGAGAGCGCCAGGGGACAGCUGGAGAGCGUACCUGAUGGCCCAGGACAGAUGUGAGGAGUACUUCACGGAAACCGCACCUGAGGACCAAGUGGAGCAGACAGACACUGAGGAGUAUUAUGACUAUGAUUCGUAG